AUGGUCAACCGGCAUAUUUGCAUCAUCGCGCUGUGCUCUCUCUUCCGAUGCUUCGCCCAGCCGGAGCCCUGCACCACCUGCCCGCACUACGUGAAGAAGACGGUCGACGCCCCGGCGCGGUUCCUCUUCAUCGCGGGCCUCGAGGGCAGCGGCCACCACAGCUUGAGCAACAUGUUCGCCAUGUGCGUGCGGCGGCGCGUGCUCUGCCGCCACGACCGCGAGCUCGGCCAGCUGCUCCACGGGAACCGGAGCCACCCGACGGGCAUCUUCGUCUACGGCCGCCAGGCGGCGGCGGACAUCGCGGCGCUGCGGAAGCGGUUCUUCGCGCGGCUCCAGCACCUCCGGGACGCGCCGCGGGACCGCGGCGCGCCCGUGCUGUACCUCCUCAACGUCAACGCCGACGGCGCGACGAUCCCCGACGCGGGCAUGAUGUCCUACCCGAACUUUGGGCCGCCGGACAAGGUGCUGCACCACCCGGACAUGCAGACGCUGGCGACGAUGGCCGAGGCCGCGGGCGCGGACCUGCGCGUGCUCGUCGUGCUGCGCGGCGCGCGGGAGACGCUCGUGUCGACGAGCGUGCACCGGCUCGGGGAGUUCCCGCCCUGGCCCGAGGAGGCCGCGGUGCUCGGGAACUCGGCCGCGGCGCUCGCGUCGGAGCUCGCGCUCGUGGACCCGCGCUUCGUGGUCUGCGCGCCCUUCGCCGUGGCCACGGACCCGGGGGCGCACCGCGGGGCCUGGGCGUCGCGCCUCGGCCCGGCGCUCCACCCGGGCCUCGACGACGCGCUCGUCGCCGUCCUCGCCGAGGGCCGCGCGGUCGACACGACCGCGGUCGACAAGACGCGGAAGGCGAUCCCCGCGGCGCCGCCGACGCCGCCGGGCGCCUACGACCCCCACGUCGAGCACGUCGAGAAGAUGCUGGGCCUCGUCGACGCGGCCUGCCGGCGGCGCGGGGGGGCCGCGCCGGCCGCCGCCGUCGUCGAGGACGCCGCGGAGGCGCCCGCCGCGCCGGUGGCGGCGCCGGACGCCGCCGAGGCCGCGGCGCGCGAACCGGCGCCCGCGGCGGAACCGUCUGAACCGCCGGCGGAACCGGCCGCGCCGUCCGAGCCGGCGCCGGCGGGCGACGCGCCCCCGCACGACGGCGGCGCGGAGGGGCGCAAGUCCGAGGAGCCGUGCACGUUCACGGAGAAGGAGGCGGCCGCGGCGUCGCGCGCGGCGGAACCGGCGUCGCCCGUCGCGCUCGACGCGCCGGCGGAGGCGUCGCCGAAGGCCCCGUCGUCCCCCGGGUCCCCCGGCGCGCUCGUCUUCGUCGCGCCGUCGGCGUCCGAGGACGAGGCGUCGCCGCGCGCGCUGUCCGACGACGAGCCGAGCCUGCCGAGCCCGCCGCCGGCGCCCGCGCCGAGGACGCGGCCCGGCCGCUGCGUCGAGUCCGUCGGGUCCGCCGUGCGCCAGGGCGGGCGCGCGGAGCAGCAGGACCGCGUGCUCGUGCGGCGCGAGCCCGGCGUGGGCCUCGUCGUCGGCGUCUUCGACGGCCACGGCGGCCAGGAGGCCGCGGAGCACGCGACGGAGCGGCUCUGGGGCAACGUGCUCCGCCUCGGCGGCGACGACGCCAGCGCCGCGGGCGCGGCCCUCGUCGCGGGCUUCGAGGAGACGCACCGCGAGAUGGAGGCCUGCGUGGGCACGUGGCCGAAGAACGCGACGCUCCGGAGCGACUCGACGGCGGGCACGACGGCCGUGCUCUGCGUGCUCCGGGAGUCGGGGAACGUCCUCGACGUCGCCCACGUCGGCGACUCGCGCGCCGUCCUCGGCUGCGUCGGCGAAGCGCCGCGCGCGUCGCGGAGCUCGCCGAGCGCCGUGAGCCUCACGCCGCCGGACCUCGGCCGCGCCGUCGCGGCGCGGGGCCUCACGAAGGACCACAAGGCCCACGACGAGGCCGAGCGGCAGCGCAUCGAGGCCGCGGGCGGCACGGUCUACCUCUACGGCGCGGGCCGCGCCGGCGGCUGCGUCGACUCGCGCGUCGGCCUCCCCCGGUGGAAGAGCGACGCGCUCAAGCUGACCGCGCCGAAGCGGCGGACGCUCCACCCGAACCCGCCCCGGUCGCCGCCGGGCGCGCCGCGCCCGGCCGACGACGUCGUCGUCGACCUGCCCUUCCUCAACAUGUCGCGCGCGCUCGGCGACUGCUGGAGCCGCCACCCGGCGACGCGCGAGCUCCUCGUGUCGCCGCGGCCCGACGUCGGCCGCGUCGUCCUCGGGCCCGACGACGCCUUCCUCGUGCUCUACUCCGACGGCGUCUCCGGCGUCGUCAGCGACGCCGAGGCCGUCCAGUUCGUCGCCGACGAGCUCCGCGUCGUCGACGCGACGAGCACGUCGAACCGGAAGACGCGGCGCGCGUCGAGCCUCGCCGUCGCCGGCGGCCGCGCGAAGCGCGUCGCCGAGCGCCUCGCGGACCUCGCGCUCAAGCGCUGGUCCGACCGCUACGGCGGGCCCCAGUCCGCGGACAACAUCUCCGUCGUCCUCGUGCUCUUCCGCGACGACGCGGGCGACGCGGACGCGCCCGGCUCCCUCAAGCGGGCCAACUCCGCGCCCCUCGCGCCGCCGGACGGCGAGCCGCCGCUCAAGCGCGCCGCGACGCUGCCCGCGCCGCGGGCUGCCUGCCGCAUCGGCGGGAGCCGCGCGACGCUGGGCCGGGGCGGGUCCCACGCCCCGGGCAUGUCGAACGACGACUUUAGCGUCCUGUCGCCGCGCCAGGUCCACGACUUCCGCAACGCGCAGACGCAGUGGCAGCGGGCCGUGUGCCUGGUGAACUCGCCGGGCCGCUUCGCGCGCACGGGGACGCUGCUCAUGGUCAACGGGAGCUGCGCGGUGCUCGUGGGCGGCGGCGACCACGACGGCAAGCGGUGCAUGUCCAUGGUCGACGCGGACCACGCGUCCGCGGACUUCUACUGCGACGGCAGCGCGGAGCCGACGGCGAAGGCGCGGCUGCUGCCGCGGGCGCUCUGGCGCGAGAUCCCGGAGCACGGCCUGGUGGUCGUCGGCGUCGACGGCGAGCCGCUCCGGGGGCCGCGGAUCUGGCCGCUCGUGCCGUCGCCGGAGGUCAUGUCGGGCCUGGCGGCGACCAUGGGCGAGGUCGGCGCGGGGCCGACGCUGACGACCUACUCCCACGUCCACGGCGUCACGAAGACGGAGCACGUGCUCCACCUCGACGAGUACGACGUCCGGAGCGACCGGCUCUUCCUCCGCGAUCCCGCGCCCGUGCAGUGCCACGGGUCGCCCGUCUUCUACGCGGGCCAGUGGGUCGGCGUCGUCACGGAGGAGGUCGAGGAGCUGCCUCGGAACCAGCGGGCGAAGCUCGGCAUCGCGCCGCUCUACCUCCACUCCGCGGAGCGGUGCGUCGGCGUCGGCAGCCUGCUCCUGGGCUUCGGCGUCGUCGGCAUCAACUUCCACGAGUGGCCCAUCCCCGCGGACGUCGACGCCGACGAGGACGCCGAGGAGCUCGACGACGAGGCCGGCGGCGACGACCGCGCGCCGUCGCGGAGCCGCCAGAUCUGCGGCGACGUGCGCCUCGACACGCCCUUCGAGCGGCCGCGGCUGCCCGCGAUCGAGUUCGUCGGGCGGAGCGGGCGCGCGGCCCACGACGCCCAGCCCAAGGCGGGCGUGGGCCACGGCGGGACGCUGCUCGUCGACGGCGGCGGCCCCGCCGACGCGAACCGCGGCCGCCACUACGUGCCCGCGCUGGCGCUCAAGGCCGUCCACGAGUCGAACGUGGAGGUGCUGGCGCGGCUCAAGGAGCGCUACGGCCCCGAUUUUUUGCGGGAUUUGCGCGUCGCCGCGGGCUGGACGCUCGCGCACGUCGCGGCGACGGUCAACGGCGGCGCGAUGCUGCUGCCGCUGGCGACGCUGGGCGUCGCGCUCGAGACGGCGACGCCCAAGGGCGACACGGUGGCCCACGUCGCGGCCUACCACGGCAACGUCGGCGCGCUGCGGGUGCUCCGGGCCCGCGGCGUCACGAUCAACGCCGAGAACUCGCGCGGCGAGCGGCCCGUGCACAAGGCGCAGUUGCGGCGCCACGACGCCGCCGUCGAGUGGUUCAAGCGGCGCCGCGUGCGCCUGCCCAAGGCCGACUUCGACGAGAACCGGCACCUGGGCUUCGCGCCGGACGCGCCGUCCGUCCCGGGCCGCAACGCCGCGGGGCCGCGGCCCGACAUGGACCCGGAGUCGUUCCUCGAGGGCUUCUUCGACGACGCGGGCUCCUACGACUCCCACUCCUCCCACUCGACGGACAUCCGCCUCUCGCGCGCGUCGGGCCGCAGGCAGAAGGGGCCCUUCUCGCCGAACGCGGCGCACGCCGCUCGGUCCCUCGAGUUCAGCCCGGGCCACGCGCGCCGCGGCGUCCACCUCGCCGCGGCCCACGCCGACGCGCCCGACGCCGCACCGCUGCGCGGCGAGAUGGCGCGCACGCGGGCCCAGAUAACGACGCUGUAG